AAGUGCAAGAGUGAGGGGUGCGCUAAACAAGCUCAAGGAUCGGACUACUGUAUAAAGCAUGGGGGUGGACGACGCUGUAAGACUGAAGGAUGCAAUCAUUUUGCUCGUGCGAGGGGCCUUUGUGCUCAACACGGAGGGGGCCCUCGCUGCAAGACAGAAGGAUGUGAUAAGUUUGCUAUAUCAGACGGCCUCUGCAUUCCACAUGGAGGUGGGCAACGCUGCAAGAUCGAAGGGUGCAAUAAACUUGCUCGU